GUCCAGCGUCUCAUUUCCAUCACAGUCAGGGGGCAUCCCAGCCCCGCUGCCUAACGAGGGUGACAGACCAGUAUUUUGAGGGAGUAGAGUGGUUUCAAUGCUAGAGGGGAACGUAGAGGUAGAGCUAGGCACACUAUGCAUGGUCGUUGUCUCGAUGGCAGGUAGAUCCCAACGACAUCAUUGUACUCAGUCUAGAUUUGGAUGUCAGGAAGGGUAUAAAAGGGGCUACCAGAGAGGUUACCACCGUGGGUGCCACAGACGUGUUGCCCACGUAAACAGAGGAGAAACAACCACAGGGUUAUGUUCUUGCGCACAACUGCGGGCGCUUGAGAACCCCGCUGCCGAGGCUUCAUCUAACGACCUUGACUCUCCUGCCAGUACUUGCUGUGCAGCGCUGAUGAGGCCAGCAUCACCCUGUUCUCAUAGACUCUGGCCAGGCAAGAUCACGGCUCGGUUUCUGUCCGGAGGAGGGGUGGUCACAACCUGCGUGCUGGUUACGGUGACCGUUGUGGCCCCACCACCGGUGUAUCUGAAUAAAGCGCACGUUGUUCGGCCCACAGGCCUAACUUUUGCGUCAGUACCCAGGCCAUGAAAUUGUCAAUUCGGACCGAAAGUGAUGCUUACGCGACUGAAGUUGCUACGUCAUAUGAUGUAGACAGAGAUUGGUCAAGUCAGGUCGCGCAGAACAACGGUCAUCACUGAUUGAGGACACAAUAACGUUCUAAUACGUCUCGUUCAUAUCGCAUGAGCCGACAAACUGCCGCUUAUCGACAUCGGCAUGAUGGGAUCCUUCGUCUUUUAUUUGAAAUAAGUGCUUCGGAAGAAUGGCUAAGCGAGCAGAAGCGAACGAGAGGGAAAUAAGGAUGGCAAUAACCUU